GGAAGCGAAGGACUCAAAAAUAGUUUCUGCACUUACCAAAAAUACAUUUUACCAUUCAAACUGAUAAAUAAGCAACGUGACAGUUGUAGGAAAUGAAUCAAAAAUUGUCUAUGACCUGGUCACUUCCAAACUAUAAUAAACUCAGUCCAUAUAUAAGAAAAUCGUUGCAAAGAAUAAGGUCUCUCCCCCAAGUGGAUCAUCAUACCCAUCAGGCUGGAUUAGCAAAUUUUCAUUCAGUACCUAACAAGCAUCUUGGGGGGAGCAGGAGACAAAAAUCAUCCAAUUAAAGUAAUAUUUUUGUGAAUUUUUUUUUUUGAAGUGGAAUCUUAGGCUGCAGAGAUGGCUCAGCAGUUAAGAGCACUGGCUGCUCUUCCAGAGGUCCUGAGUUCAAUUCCCAGCAACCGCGGAAUCUGAUGCCCUCUUCUGUCUGAUACCCUCUUCUGUCAUGCUGGCAUACAUGCAAACAGAGCAUUCAUAUACAAAAAUAUAUAUAUAUAUAUAAAUAAAUAAAUCUUUUUUAAAAAGUGCCUUUUGAAAUGGAAUCUCAGAAUCUUUGAAAUGGGCGCCCUGGUUAGCCUGAAACUUCUAUGUAACUGAGGCUGAUAAGGGACUCCCAAUCGUGCUUCCUCAGCCGCCCACAGCUGGCAUUAAAGGAGUGCGUUACCAUAGAGGUCUAAAUUCUUUUCCAUCCUUGUGCGGCUGAGCAGUGGAGAUAGCUCACAUUCAUGCGGUGUUCACGUGCUCACGAUGCGCCAAGCGCUGCUUUAUGUCCUGCAUUGGAUUGGCAGUGCUCUUUUGUGACUGACACUGACUGCCCCUGCAUUUCCGAGGUCACUAAGACCCACACAGAGUCCCCGCAGCUCUCACGGAUGGAGGUCUCUGCGCCCAUCCCCACGGCCAACCGCUCCUCAGUGCUGGAGUUCGUGCUUCUGGGGGUCACCGACAAGCGCGGGCUCCAGCUCCUCCUCUUCGGGGUCCUUCUGGUCACCUACACGCUGACCUUGCUGGGGAAUCUGCUCAUCGUCGCCCUCACCUUGGCGGACCGCCGCCUGCACACCCCGAUGUACUUCUUCCUGCGCCACUUCUCGCUGCUGGAGGUGGGUUUCACGUCCACUGUGUCUCCGCAGUUGCUGGCACACCUGUUGGCGGCGCGCGGGGCCAUCUCCCGCCACCGCUGCUUUGCGCAGAUGAUUCUCUACUUCACCCUGGGCGCGGUGGAGACCCUGCUGCUGGCCGUGAUGUCCACCGACCGCUUUCUGGCCAUCUGCCGGCCCCUGCGCUACCCCGCGCUCAUGACACCCCGUGUCUGCUCCUCCUUGGUGCUGGCCUGCUGGGCAGUCACCCUCCUGGCCCUGCCUGGGCUGUUUGCCUGGAUGUUAUCUCUCCCUUUCUGUGGCCCGCGAGUCCUCAAUCACUUCUUCUGCGACAGCUCCCCUUUGCUGGAGCUGGCGUGUGCAGACACCAGGCUUCUGCAGCUGGUGGCCUUCCUGGUGGCUGUGUGCACCCUGCUCAUUGCUACACUGAUCACAACCUUGUCUUAUGGCUGCAUCAUCAGCACCAUCCUGCGCCUGCCUGCAGCUGGGGGCCGAAGCAAGGCCUUCUCCACCUGUUCUUCCCACAUCCUGGUGGUAUCCACGUAUGGGAGCUGCAUCAUCAUGUACCUGAACCCCACACAGACAGGGAGGCUGGACCUCAACAAAGGAAUAGCUUUCUUCAACACGACAGUGUCACCCCUGCUGAACCCUUUCAUCUACUGCCUUAGGAACCAACUGGUCCACACAGUGUGCAGGGAUUUGCUGCUCAGGGGAAGGGAGCUUUCUUCCAAGAUAUUCAGAGCAUAAGACUUUAAAGGUUUGCUACUGCUUUAUUUUUAUUGAGACCACCAGUAACUUGUUUGCAGUGUUGGGAACUGCACCUGGAGCCACAAGUACCCACUCCCCACGCUUGUUUAUGAGAAGUGGUUUGUGUAGACUACGCUGGCUUGAAAAUCAGUAAGGGGGGAGGGGGGAAGAAAAUCAGUAAGCAGCCGUGAUUAACCUCAGUUUCCUUAUCCUCCUGCUUCUGCUUUUUUUGAGGGCACCCUGAAACCUGGACGUGCUUUU